GUGUUCCUGCUAAUUUAACAUGCCUCAUCUAUGAACAUUCCGGUAACAUGACGUGUACUUGGGAUACAGGAUCACCCACCUAUCUGGACACCAAAUACACCGUGCAUGUGAAGAGUUUGCAGACAGGACAAGAACAGCUCUAUCUCACUUCAAGGCAUAUCAGCAUUUCGACCAACACACUACGUGGUGGCAAAACGUAUUCUGUUUGGGUGCAAGCAGCAAAUGCUCUAGGGGUGCAAGAGUCAGAGCACCUGCAACUUAACCUGGAUGACAUAGUGAUUCCCGCCCUCCCAGUCAUUACAGGAGCUGAGGAUAGAAAUACAUCCGUGCCCACAACAGUUAUCCACUGGAGAAUCCAAACAUCGAUGGAUGGAGUUUUCUGUGAGAUGAGACACAAAGCAACCACAAGGACAUCUUGGAAUGGAGGAGAAUGUGAAGUGGUUCUUGUGCAUUAUCUCCACCUAGUGGUCUGCAAACCUUUCUGUAGCCUGCGCUUCUAUGAGAAGCUUAGAAAACUGCUCACUCUGGAUGGAUAG